GGGCACGGCUCGGGCGACACGGGUGCCAGCAUGGACAGGCCGACACUGUUACUCGCUUUGUUCUGGGCCUUUGCCCUCCCAGGCAACCUGGCUGUGAACAUGGAGGAGCGCCUCAUCAAACACCUCUUUGAGGAUCGAGGCUACAAGAAGGAACUGCGGCCGGUGGCUUCCAAGGAUGAGAGCGUCACCGUCUAUCUGGCGCUGACCCUCUCCAACCUCGUGUCGCUGAAAGAAGCAGAUGAAACACUCACCACCAAUGUAUGGAUUGAACACGAAUGGAAUGACUACAGGCUGCAGUGGAACAAGACAGAAUAUGGUGGUAUUAAUCUCCUCCGCCUCCCGGCAGACAAAAUAUGGCUGCCUAAAAUUGUCCUGGAGAACAACAAUGACGGUCAAUUCCAGAUCACCUACAGCUGCAACAUCCUGCUGAACUAUACUGGCAAAGUGUACUGGCUCCCCCCUGCCAUCUUCCGCAGCCCCUGCCCCAUCAACGUCAACUUUUUCCCCUUCGACUGGCAGAAUUGCACCUUGAAGUUCAGUUCACUGAUGUACAACGCCAAAGAGAUCACAAUGGAGCUCAUGAAAAAAGAAGACGAAAAGACAAACAAAAUUUUUGUGGUAGAAUGGAUCAUCCUUGACCCUGAAGGCUUCACUGAGAACGGAGAAUGGGAGAUUAUACAUCGGCCUGCCCGCAAAAAUGUUUACCCGAACUUCCCACUGGAAAGCAACAAGCACCAAGACAUCACUUUCUACCUCAUCAUCAAGCGCAAGCCCCUCUUCUACAUCAUCAACAUCAUCACGCCCUGCAUCCUCAUCGCCUUUAUGACCAUCCUGGUCUUCUACCUGCCGGCAGACAGUGGAGAGAAGGUCACCCUGGCCAUCUCUGUGCUGCUGGCUCAGUCCGUCUUCCUGCUGCUGAUCUCUCAGCGUCUGCCGGCUACCUCCCUCGCCAUCCCUCUCAUUGGCAAGUACCUCCUUUUUGUCAUGUUGCUUGUGACUGCGGCUGUGGUGGCAGCUGUCGUGGAGCUCAACAUCCACUUCCGGACCCCCAGCACCCACAUCCUUUCAGACUGGACCAAAGAGCUGUUCCUCGAGACCCUGCCACGCCUCUUGCGCAUGUCCCGGCCAGCCGAGAGUGAACCAGAACCAAAGGAGGGGCUGCAGAUCCGGCGUAGCAGCUCCGUAGGCUACAUCAUCAAGGCCGAGGAAUACUUCACCGUCAAGUCCCGCAGCGAGCUGAUGUUCGAGAAGCAGUCCGAGAGGCACGGAUUGACCAGCCGGGUCACCCCUGCAAGGCCAGACCCUCACGGUGUGGGUAGCGAACAGGAAAAGCUGUACAACGAGAUCAAGCCAGCAAUUGCCGGGGCCAAUUUCAUUGUGAAGCACACACGAGACAAGAACGACUACAAUGAGGAGAAGGACAGCUGGAACCGUAUCGCUCGCACGGUGGACCGCCUCUGUCUCUUCUUGAUCAUACCCGUCCUCAGCCUGGGCACCUUAUGGAUCUUCUUAAUGGGGUCUUACAACCACCCUCCACCCUUGCCCUUUGAGGGGGAACCAUUCGACUUCCGCGAAGAACACAAACACUUUGUCUAGAGCCAGGCUCCCUUGCUUCCCGUCAGGAGGGCCGGGGCACUCAGUCCUCAACAUCCAUUCGCUUCCUCACCUGAGGAUGGGGCUGGAGGGGGGGGGGCUGACACUGGCUCUUGUUUCCUCCAGCGACCUCCUCUGAUACCGUGUGCUGUACUUCUAAAUUAUUUCUAUGUUUCCGUCUUAUUCCAUGUGAUGUAAUAAACAUUCUUUCCCAGA